AUGGCCGUGUCCAGCAUCUACUGCAUGUACCACCAGGCCUCCGUCUUCCACUACAAGGGGCGCCGCCUGACCACCUACCGAUCCAUGGGCGACGCCGUGCUGGGCCCCAGGGGCGGCCUGGCCGUGGAGGUCAUGCAAUUUUUCAUAAACCUGGGCGCUGUCAUCACAAACACCAUCUUAGCGGGACAGAUGCUGCAGGAUGUCUACACCUCCCUCUGCACAGACCCCAGCACCUGCCGCUUCACCAGCCUCGCCGCUUGGACCGCCAUCUCUGGCGCCUUUAGCUGGUUCUUGGUCGUCGCCGUCCGCUCCAUGAGCAAAAUGAAGCUCGUAGGGCUGGCCGCCGGCGUGGCGUUCCUGGUGUACUCCGCCUCUGCGGUCGGGAUGUCCGCGGCCGACGGCGUGGCGGCGCGCGCGCCGCGCGACUACUCGGCUGCCGGCGGCGUCGAAGCAAAAUGGCUCAACGCGCUAAACGGCGUCGGGAUGCUGCUGUUCCAGUAUGGCGUGACAGUGCUGCCCGAGAUCCAGGCCGUCCUGAAGGACGACCCAAAAACGGGCAACUCCACUCCGACCAUGAUCAGGGCGGCCGUGGCCGCCCACCUGGUGUUUGUGCCCGUGUUCCUGCUGGUGGGGUGCGUCGGCUACUGGGCAUACGGAAAUUCUGUGAACGAGUUUCUGCUGUUUGCCACGACGCGGCCCGCUGCACUCGUGGCCUUCUGCAACAUCCUGGGGGUGCUGCAGCUGCAGGUGGCCAAUCAGAUCUACGCCCUGCCUAUGUUUGCACGCCUCGAGAGCAUGAUCGUCGCCAAGCACCCCCGCUCCCCCUGGUUCCGCUCGGGCCACCUCGCGCGCCGCCGCGAGGGCAAGGCGCGCCUCGCCGCCGACCCGGCAGCAGGCAAGGAGGAUGCCUCGUCAGCCGCGGCUGCCGAGGCGAUCGUGAUUGAGGAUGUGCCAGAGGGUCAGGAGGAGGGGGAGGAUGGGGAGGGGGAGCGGCCGCAGCCCAGCUGGCUGCUGCAGUUGGUGCACCGGACGGCGUGGGUGGCGUUCUGGUCGACGUUCGCGGUGGCGCUGCCGUUCUUUGCUCAGAUCAUGGGCUUUUUUGGCGCCGUCGGCUUUGGUCCCAUAACCUACGCCCUGCCCACCUACCUCUACAUGAUGGCAUUCAAGGAGGGCAUGCCCCGCCACAAGUGGCUGUUCAAUGCCGCCUUUGUGGUGUUCUGGCUGGUCGCUUCAGCCGCAGCGGCGGUGGGGGCGGUAUAUGGCAUUGUCGUUGCUGCUUCUGCACACGAUUUCUUCAUUUGA